CCUCUGUCAUUACCACCACGACCUCCAUCAUAGCCCUUUUACCGCUUGCCAGCCUAGCGGUCGAUCCCCUGCUUUAUAUCAUGAACUUCAUUGUAUCGCGUUAAAUCAGAUUGUUGUUGGACUCUAAUGCUUCCUACUGAUAAUAUGAAGGUCUCUAUUGACCCCACGAACCUUGCCUAUGAACCCCCCUUCUACUUCAUUCCAUCUAAUUAUUUCUCAACUCUGCCUUCGACAUCUCAAUCUGAUCUCUUUGGAUUUCAUUGUAACAACAAUUUUGACUCUUCGAAACAAUUUUCAUUCCGACGUCGAUAUCCCCAUCACCCCAAAGUCGAUGUAGCAUCAUACCCCUCACCACCACCCACCGCCUCGAACCCGAAAAGAAGCGUGUCUUUACCAUCUCUGUCAACUGGCAGCGAAAGUUUAACUGGCACGGACAGCAAGCCGAGGUCCUUCGGCGGAAUUCUGGAUUCGCCACUGGUGGAAAAUCAUAUUUCUACCAAUAAUUUGGCCCUCAUUUCUCCCCCUGCGUCCGUUCGAACGCCGACUUUGCCUUUGCCCUCGAACGACGAUGAUUUCGCGAGCGACGAGACGUUAAAGGAUGAUCAACAAGCCUUGCUAUCCCCACUUUCUCCGGAGUGGACGUCUUCAGCAAUUGAGGACCUACACCACACAAGUGGGCCGGAUGGAAUUGUGUUGCUGUCCUCGAGUCAUGAUGCCAGUCAUGAUUUUUAUAGUCAAACGCACGAGGAUCCACUGGAAGACCUGUGGACGCCACAGUCCAGUGAGGUCGAGCUUACUGACACGAGCGAAAAUAUCCGGCCUCGUUUCUCCGAACCACCUACCUAUGACGCAGAGGAACCCAUCUCGUUUCUUCCUCGUUUUCCCCAUCCUAGCUCACCCUCAAUAUACUCCUCCAGUAUGGACAUCUCCGAGCCACCUGAUUCCCCUUCAUGGUCUCCUUCCUCUUUACCCGAGCUCGAAAUGGACGAUGGUGACUCGGAUAGCGAUACCCUAUUGACCCCGCCCUCACCGUCAUCCAAAUCUCUCUCUCUACCUGGAGCGGAGUGUGAAUAUGACCUCUUCGACAGUCAUAUGGCCUGGUCCGGUUCAGAACCUGAUCUCCUACAAACAGCCGAAGAAACCUCGCUAUCCUCUCUUAGUAUCAGUCCAAGGCGAAACCAAGGACUUUUACUUAUUGACGACGCCAAUGACUUUCCCACCCCUCGUUCUCCUUCACCCGACAAUUUUGAUUUACACCCGUCUGUUUACGCCAAUUGUUCGGAUCCCGACGUGGCAAAGUUGGUAGCGCUGCGAAGGAAGUCACAGUUAGCCGAAAGGUUUGCGAAAGAAGUUGAAGAGAGGUCGUUGUCUCAAGGUUCUAUGUUUGUGAGAGCCGAUGCCAGGAAGAAGCGGAAGAAAGAAAAGGAAAGGGUGAAGGAAAUCACUGCAAUGUUGAGGCUCAAGUUGGAGACAAACCUGCCAUCGAAUGAAGAGGCAGGUGAUGUUGGGAAUGAGGGCCACCGUUGUCAUUGUCCGUCUCCUGAAGUGAAAAGGGCGAGGGCAAAAAAGGCCAUUUCGAGUAUACCUCAGUUGGUUGCACGAAUGACCUUUCGUAGAAGGGACGGUUCAGAUCGACCGAUAACGCAUAUGCCAGCGCCUCCGAAGCCAAAGCCGUUGUCUAAUCUGAGGAAGUCUUGGGGUGCGGAUGAUGAGGACAGCGACGAGGAUGAUAGUGAUGACUAUAUGGGCUUGGAUGAUUCGAUAAUGGCUCUGAAGGGCUUCGAUGAUUUUUCCUCGCCACCAACCUCGCCGGCGACCACCGAUUCAUCUUCAGACUCUGGAUGGCCGAUGAUGAUCGACGAAGACUGUGAAGGAUUUAGCGAAAAGUAAUAGAGGUGUUUUCUACGCCUCGCGGGAGUGGAAAUGAGGAAUGGUACGUUAGCCCUCCAGCUUUCGUCCCCUUUCCCCGAUUUGCAUUUCCUCGCUCCGAUGAGUUUCAGAUAGAUGUUUCUCGUUUUUCCUUCACUUGCUCUGUAUCCUUUUUCUUACGGACGGAUAUUACAUUGACUUUGGGGUUUCUCGCAUUGGCUCUCUUUUUGCUUUGCUUUUGACUAAUGUUAAUACACCGUUGUUUUGUCUCUUCAGGAGGUUCGAAAGUUUGAACUCAUGAAAGCAAGACCAGUUUCAAUCUGAUCAAGUCCCCUUGACGCGAAUAAAGGAAUAACAAAGUUGAAUCGAGUAAGGAAGAAACAUAGCUAAGUGGAGAUCCAACAUAUCUAUGAACGAAUGUACUUUUUUCCAGUAGGCUUAUUGACUAUGCCUGAAACUAACAAGAAACAUUGAAACGCCCUGUUCCUG